UGUGCUGUGAAUUUGAAAACGUGUAUAGAUUAUCCCUGAAUCAGCAUUGUCUGAUGCUGAAGCAAAGGAGCCGGCGAUCGUCAAUGGUGGUUCAUAAUUCUUAUUCUUCGAUUGUCUCUCCUCGAAAUCUUCCAUGGAUUUCUGCUGUUUCCACCGCAAUUCUCAUGUUCGUGAAGGGAACCGCAAUAAAUAGGUCUUUUCUUGUGCCUUUUUUUGCUUUACAGGCACCCGCUAGUGUCAUCUCAUGGAUGCAGGGAGAAUAUGGUGCUUGGGCUGCUACUCUAGCCCUCCUUGUUCGCCUCUUCUUCUCUCUUCCAGGUGAACUGGAACUCCCUUUCAUCACAUUGGUUUUGGUAAUAGUUGCUCCACUUCGAGCAUUGAACCUAAGGGGGACACAGGCAGGCGCCAUUAUAUCUUUAGUAAUUGCAGCCUAUUUAGCGUUCCAGCAUUUUACAAGAGCUGGAGGUCUGCAGAAAUCAUUUGAGCAAGGUUCUAUUGUUGCAACUUUAGCCAUCGUUUGUAUCACCAUUGUCCCAUGCCUGCUAUUAAUUUGAUUCUGGAGUAGACCAAAUUUGUCGACUUGAUGCGUAUCAUUGAAAAAAAGUUAAUAAAAAGGUGAGUUUUGAGAGUGCAUUUCAAAACUUCUGUUGUAUAUGCCAGACAAUUGAAUUUUAUUGUGACUACUUUUGUUGGUGUAUUCUAUGAAAUAAAGGUUCUUUUCUAGCUGUUUCUA